CCCCAAUGUCAACUUGCUCCUACUUCAGAGCACGUGAAUCCAGGAGGCGGCUCCAGCGGCGCCCAGAGGAGGAAGGAUGGUAAGCAGGAGAGAGGAGGAGUGCACUAUAAGAAGAGGAUAAACCCGAGAAGCGUCAAAACAAUUAUUAAGCGACGGUCGAGAGGCGGAGAGUGGUAGUGUGCACAAUGAAGACAUAACACGGGAGAUUUUACUUGACUAACUGAAUUGUUGUCCAUCCGAUGCCGAGGACCCAGAAGCUUUUGGCAGCGCGGUGAAGAUUUCUGGGCGCCUCGCAUUGAAGUGGGGUCUGGUAGGGCACUUAUCUCUCCCGUGCUGUCGCCUGGCUACCUUUCAAACACCGGCAAAAAAAAUACAUGACAACAACACUUACGUUUCAGCACCUUAAGCGAGGACAGCUCCUUUCCUUGGCGUAACAUUCAAAGACUCAAUUGGAGCCUGCACUUCUGAGCGAAUUGAAACAUUCUGCCUCUUGUCCCAGAACUCUUUGUACGUAUGGACACUCCCAGUGUCGCUUACUGUAUCUGUAUUGCAAGCCUUAAAGUAGCUUAAAAAUCCACCGUCGCAGAAUCAGGAAUUGACUUUAAGCUCAAUAUGUACCAGGGUCAUUUGCAGGGGAGAGACUCUAGGGCUGCAGAUAAGACUGUUGCCAUGGUCCUGAAGGAGAUACCCAGUAAGGCGUCUUCAGAAGUGAAACCCCUCCUCACGGUGACAACCAAGCUGGUGAGUGAGCAACAAGAGAGCCGCCCCCUGCUAAGCCCCUCCAUCGACGACUUUCUCUGUGAGACCAAGUGCCAUGGCGCUGCCCGCCUAGUGACUUCGAACACAGCAGUUCUGUCCUCCACAUUGGACCUAUUGGACCUCAGCGAGCCCGGAGAGAGAAGGAACAGCAAGCAGGACAAGAAGAGCCCUCUGUUGUCACGUGGGGACGGGCCUAAGAACACGCCUCACCGGAAGAAGACGACGGACGAGACAGAGCUGAUCCAGGUGGAUGUAGAGCAGACUGUCCCCAGCUCACACACUCCUGAAAGAGUGUCACUAGACUCAGUCAACAUUGCCUGUCCUUUGGAGAAAUGGGAGGAGCUCAACGUCCUCACUGAAAGAAACAGCAGCAGAAAGUGGAAAUUGGAGAGACGGGGUUCAUCGAAAAACUCCUCCAGCGAACUUCUGUGGUCCAUAGACUGCAAAACCCAAUCAGAGCCACCCUCCAAGAGCGCUUUGGAAGUAAAUGCCAUAGCAGAGGCCGAGCCAGCUCUAGCAUUUCAACUCAACAGACAGUAUAUUAGUGGAAGACAUGGCCGUUUGAGUAAAGAGCGGUUUGGUGGCGGUGCCCUCCUGUCCAGAAACCAGUCCCUGGAGGAAGAGUUUGAGCGAGCCAAGGCAGCUGUGGAGUCAGACACAGAGUUCUGGGACAAGAUGCAAGCAGAGUGGGAGGAGCUAGCACGACGGAACUGGCUAACGGAGAACGAGCAGGCGCAGAUCCCCUCCAGUGUGUCGCCUCACGAGAAGGGUUACUACUUCCACAUGGACAACCCCUACAAGGACUGGCCCAACGCGUUUGAGGAGGGUCUUCGAAAGUCCAAAGAGGGAGACCUGCCCAACGCUGUGCUGCUACUGGAGGGGGCCAUCUUGCAGGACCCCCAGGACUCAGAGGCUUGGCAAGUGUUGGGGACGACCCAGGCAGAGAACGAAAACGAGCAGGCAGCUAUCGUAUCCCUCCAGAGGUGUCUCGAGCUCCACCCUAAUAACCUCCAAGCCCUCAUGGCCCUGGCGGUGAGCCUGACCAACACGGGCAUGAGGCAGGAUGCCUGCGAGGCGUUGCUGCGCUGGCUCCGUCACAACUCCAAGUACAAGCACCUGCUGAAGGGCAAGAGCCACCUGGCGGGCUCCCCGGGCUCCCAACGUAGGAUGUCUCGUGUCUCAACUGUGGGCAGAUAUGAGAGCUCUCUACUGCCUGAGGUGAAGGAUCUGUUUCUGGAGGCAGCCCAGCACAACAGGGACACCGACCCAGACCUGCAGACGGGCCUGGGUGUGUUGUUCAACAUUAGCGCGGAGUUCAAUAAAGCUGUGGAGGCCUUCAAUGCUGCCCUGACGGUGCGGCCAGAGGACUACCUGCUGUGGAACCGCCUGGGGGCCACGCUGGCUAACGGGGACCGCAGCGAGGAGGCGGUAGAGGCCUACACCCGAGCCCUGGAGCUCCAGCCGGGCUUCAUUAGAUCCCGUUACAACCUGGGCAUCAGCUGCAUCAACCUAGGAGCACACCGGGAGGCGGCCAGUAACUUCCUAACAGCCCUGAGUCUGCAGAGGAAGAGCCGUAGUCAGCAGCUCUCGCACCAGGUCAUGUCGGGGAACAUCUGGGCCGCCCUGCGGAUAGCCCUCUCCAUGAUGGACCAGCCGGAGCUCUUCCAGGCAGCCAACAUCGGAGACUUGGACCUCCUCAUGAAAGCAUUCAAUCUGGACAUGUGAGGGGAGAUGGGCCUUGGGCCAAGUCUCUACUCUCCUACCAACAGGCCUUGGAGACAAGUCUCUUCUCUCCUACCAACAGGCCUUGGAGACAAGUCCUUUCUCUCCUACCAACAGGCCUUGGAGACAAGUCUCUUCUCUCCUACCAACAGGCCUGGGAGAAGAGUCUCUACACUCCUACCAAAUGCCAAAAACCCAAAGUGUACAGUUGGAAAGAGCUGUUUUGUCCAGUUAAUGACGAGUGUGUGGUCUAUUUUGGCGUGCACUACAAAAUCUUUACUACUCCUCAGUACCUCUGCAGUCUUCUUGAGUACUGCAUGUGCUCGAAGAGUCUAUUUUGCGAUGGAUUUGCACUGCAAUUUGUGAUUUCCCCGAAGAGCACAAGGACGGGCAAAGACUGUACAAGUAAUGCCUUAGAGAACACAGUAAUUAAAACUAACUCAUUGGAACUAAGUAAGAGAAAGAGAAAUGCUGAGAAUGCUUUUGCUGAACAGUGUUGAGGUUUGACAAGAACGGUUUCCUCAUCCAGAGACUUUUAGAGUGUCCGGAUUAUCACACUGACCUAAAGGAAGGAUUUAGUGAGUAAAAUCAAUAAAGACUACACCAUAAGCCGUGGGACUCGGAGACAGUUUUCAGCAGAGAAUCAAUAUUCUUUUUUGGGGGGGGUUGGUUUUAUCCUCUUUUCUGUGAGGAACAACACUGCAUGGAAACUAAAGCAUGUUCCUAAAUGGAUUCGGUGGCACUUGCCUGAACCUAAAAGCUUAGAACUUUUUUUCCUUACUUGGACUCAGCACUUUGAAAAACAAACAGAUAAUUUCCUCUUAUCUUAAUGAAACGAGACAGAUUGUAAAGCCUUACCUGAAACGCAUGCUAAAACGAAAUUGAUUUACACUAUUUUUAUGGCAACCAAUGUAAGCCAUUUUCAGAUUCAUUUUUGACUUCCUCGAAUACCUGGCAUCCUCCGAAUUCUUCACGUUUGUGGUGUUUCCAGCUCCUCGUUUCACUUUACCCUAACUGGUUUGAGAGAAGCACACAUUAGCUGGACAAGAUGGACCUGUAUUUUUCCCUCAGAGCUGGUAAUGUACUUCACACGUGUCAGAAAACACUUCCUGUUGAAUCUAUUCAUGUUGUUGGUGAUGGCUGGGAUGACCUUUAAAACUAUUCACUCAUGUCACAUGACUAAUGACUAAAUCAAAGGAUUAAGCGUGGUAGCGAAUGGAUUUUAGAGGCCUUACACUCUUUUCUAGAAUACAGAAUCUUAUGCUGUAAUAAGCUGUAAUAUGCUGUAUUGUUUAUCAAAGGCAGCACAAAGGCCACUUCGUUAAAGGUUAUAAAACAUGACAUCAGCUCAUGUCAGCUCACUGACUUGCCUAGUUAAAUAAAGGUAAAAUAAAAUAAAAAUUGUAAAAAAUGUCAACGUCAGCUUUACCUAGUUUACACAGUGACAUAUCUACAUGUUCCCAUACAAGCAUUUUAUGUAGGAGGUUCUUUGCUAUACUAAAGAAUGUCAUACAUUCCACAGUCUCUACUCUAAAGUUUAACAAAAUAUGCCCCGAAAUAAAGCCAAAAGAACUAUAUCCUCUUAUGAGAGACUACUACUCUACAAGAUCCCUACUAUGAGAGAAUUCUACUCUAAACACUAUCCCUUUAUGUGAACUUAGUCCCUAGAUGGCUGAGUAGUGUGCUUAGUCGCUAGAUGGCUGAGUAAUGUGCUUAGACGCUAGAUGGCUGAGUAGUGUGCUUAGUCGCUAGAUGGCUAAGUAGUGUGCUUAGUCGCUAGAUGGCUGAGUAGUGUGCUUAGUCGCUAGAUGGCUGAGUAGUGUGCUUAGUCGCUAGAUGGCUGAGUAGUUUCCCUAGUCGCUAGAUGGCUGAGUAGUGUGCUUAGUCGCUAGAUGGCUGAGUAGUGUGCUUAGACGCUAGAUGGCUGAGUAGUGUGCUUAGUCGCUAGAUGGCUGAGUAGUGUGCCUAGUCGCUAGAUGGCUGAGUAGUGUGCUUAGUCGCUAGAUGGCUGAGUAGUGUGCUUAGUCGCUAGAUGGCUGAGUAGUAUAGAAGCAUCACAGAUGUUAGUUUGCAAGUCACUCUGGAAAACACAUGCCACCGUCAUAUCCACCACUGUACUGUAGCAAGACAACCACUGUACUGUAGCAUUGCACUGGCAUGUUAACCUGUCGGGCCUACUGUAUGACCGAAGAAAUGUGUUUGAUUCAAGGAUCCUAUGCAAAAGGUCAAGUUUUAUACUGCCAUUUUUAAUUAUACAAUGUCCCUGCCUGAGUCAAUGCCCCUGCCUGAAUCAAUGCCCCUGCCUGAGUCAAUGGACCAAAAGGAAAACUCUAUCUUUGCUUUGAGAGAAUGCUAUCAGGGUCUGGCAGAGACACCAUCGCCAUGACAAUUAAUCUUCCAAAAAAUUGUACCGCUUUGAUGUCAUGCAUGGUUUGUAUCAGCCAAAGGGAUUGGGGAAAUCUAUCAGAAGACAAAAAAAAAAAGAGUUCGCCAGUUGUUGCUUUAUGACUAAGAACUUUUCCUUCUCCAUUUAAGGUUAUGGGUAUUUAGGGAAAGGUUUGGCUCGUUAGCAGAAAUAUAUUAGACGUUAUUUGGAAAGAAAGUCAAUGGGGCGAAUAAUUCCAUGCAGACAAGAACACAUGGAAACUGCCAUUCACACUAGCCAAAGCCUUCAGGUUUAGUAACCUUGGUGUGGACAGGAGGUUAAUUUCAUUUCAAACUCAUCUCCACACAUUCAGUUGAGGCUGGCUUGUAGAGAGUGGUGUGGGGCUGUAAUGUCAGAUUCAUGUUCUACUACUGCCAUCUGCUGAAAAUUUACUUUGAAUUUCUCCUAAAGACAUUCUCGUUAUGCCACCAUUCUUGUUAUGCCACCAUUCUUGUUAUGCCACCAUACCCAAAUUCAAGUUUACAGAGUGGUCCCCUUGCUGGCUAAAUGUAAUUGAAAAACAGAUUAAUUUCCGUUUUUUUUUUGUAUUGAAUCUAUUCCAUUCAAAUGAUAUGAAAACGUAAUGAAUAUUAUUUUUCCACACAGGGAAAGGGUUGGAACAGUCCAGUAGCAAACGAAAGAGGAGGAAAACGGAGAAGUCUUUUGUGUAUGGAAUCACUGCUGCCAUGUUUAAAACAUCAAGGAGCCAGAGCCAACUGCAGAGACACAGCACAUAUGUGCGCGCUGCUGGCAAUCUGCAUAGGAGGCUAGCUUUGAAGACCAGAAAACACAUCGGCGGACUGUACAACGUCAAAGGCAACUGGGCCAACACGUCAUGGCAUCCUUCCAUUUAUUAAUUAAUUUAGUCUGUUGCCCAACUACCCCAAACAAGCUGAUAUUCCUUCACUCCCACACUCCUCAACCCACCCAGCGAGCAAAGGGCGGUUGAGAUCUAGUUGUAACCAAUCAUGAUCGUCACUGCGAUCAUGAUUGGCUACUCCGUAGUGAUUCAUAGAACGAUGGUUGAGAACUCUAUACUGUAGAUUUAUAUGGAAAAUAGUAUUGAGAAUAGAAUCGUUUUUUUAUUCCAAAGUGUAUAAUUUACAGAAAAUGUUUUCUGUCCCCCAUGCCUCCUAGUUGCCCUUACUGUCAGCAGCAUAUACACUGUAGUACAAUGCUGAAACCAGGAUUUACUGUAUCUUGUGAUUUCUUAUGGUCUAAUAAGCCUGUGCUUUUUGAACAAAACAUAAUGUAGUUAUGUAGAAGAUUAAAUUAUUUUUUUAACACUUUUUGAAUUAUUGGCUUACCAACUAUAUAUAUAUAUUACUGUAGAAUUUAUAUUGAUGUGUGUUGAGUUAGGAUGCCCGAUGAUAAAGUACCUUUUCUAGAACAGUUGACCUUCUCAGGUGUGAUGACCUAGCUACACCUAACAUACUCCAGGUUGAAUGCAUGCUAGAGAUCUUCUAUACUUCAUUUUGAAUUAUCUUUUAUUUUUCAUGCAUGCAGUGCUUUUCUUUCCACUAAUUCUAAAAACAAAAUAUAGCAUGAUGUUACAUAGCAAUAUUUUUUCAAUCCACUUUUAAAACAUCUUCAUUUUAUGAAAUGUAACAUACCUAUUGUAUAUUGUGCACAACAUACAAUAGCAUAACAUGUGCAGUGAAUCUGGAGAGAAACCAAAAGUAGUAGUCUCUAACUGAUAACCGAGUGCAGGCCUCGGCCCACACGCCAACCGUUUGGUUAAAGGGUUUCGGAUCCUUUGGUGACAGUUGUAUUACCUUGAAGUCUCUCAGGCGUGUGUACAACUGAACGACCACAACGCUUCCUGCUCAGUGUAAUAGCAUUAGGUCCUACAGUUUUCAAUAAUUGCUCUGUGUCUCGUGUACGAUACAUUUCAUUAUACCCCGCUGGUUUACUCUGGUUUGUUUCUAUAUAGCUGAUAUACAAGUUUGAAUAGAUGCUAUUAAUAUUUUUUGAUGCCUUAAAAAAAUGAAAUACUUUACAGUGUACUAACAAUGCAUAAUAAAUACUCUCCCGAUGUACCUAAAACACUAGUCAAGCAUCAACACCUUUCAGACAUAUGAUAUGAAAGUUCUCUUUUAAAAUAAACUUGUAAUAUAUUCAAA